GGCGUCGCGGCGCUGUUGCCUACUUACACCCGUAGCUAACCCGGGACCAUGAGCAGGUGCUUGCUUAGUGUUGAUUAAACAUCCGAUGCGGGAUGCUAAGCUCUGAAGUGAAAGUUACUUGUUUGCAGUGCAGUUUUCGGACGUAGUAGUGAAUUGAUGGAGACAUACGCAGACGUAGUAGCAGAUUGCGAGAGGCGCGCUGUGCAAGGCUCUAUGGACGCAGCUCUUGACACCAUGCACCAGCUUGACCCACCACCACCUGACGUGCUAUUAGCGCUGCUAGCUCGGAAUAAGGCUUUGGAAGGUCUAAAAGAAAAAAGGAAAGCCAGUAUCCCUAAAUGUGGCGGGUGUCACGAGAUGAUAGUGGACCGGUACGUACUGAAGGUGUCCGACCGGACUUGGCACGCGGGAUGUCUUCGGUGUGUAGAGUGCCGCGCCAUGCUUUCCGGCAAAUGCUUCGCUAGGAACAACCAGCUGUACUGCACUGACGACUUCUUCAAUCCUAGGCGGUUUGGCACCAAGUGUGCGGGGUGCGGGCAGGGAAUCCCGCCGACACAGGUGGUACGGCGGGCGCAGUCGCACGUCUACCACAUGCGCUGCUUCGCGUGCGCCGCCUGUGCAAGGACACUUAACACCGGCGACGAGUUUUAUCUAAUGGAAGACGGAAAACUUGUCUGUAAACCCGAUUAUGAGGCUGCAAGAGCGAAAGGUGAGAGUUCACUGGACGGCGAUGCAGCGAGCAAGCGGCCGAGGACAACUAUCACAGCUAAACAGCUAGAGACCCUGAAGAACGCCUAUAGCAGCAGCCCCAAACCUGCGCGGCACGUGCGGGAGCAGCUCGCGCAAGACACUGGACUCGACAUGCGGGUCGUGCAAGUUUGGUUCCAGAACCGGCGAGCGAAAGAGAAGCGACUGAAGAAAGAUGCGGGUCGUACGCGUUGGUCGCAGUAUUUCCGAUCGAUGAAGAGCGGCGGCAGUGGAUCCCCGCGCCACGAUCGGCUGCUUGACAAGGACGAACUCAAAAUUGACCUUGACUCCUUCAGCCAUCACGAGUUAAGCAACGACAGCUACAGCACAGUGGCGCUCGGCGGUGAAGAGGGCUCGCCAGCUGGCGGCGGUGGCGCAGGCGCCGCGGGAGGUGCCAGAUAUGCUGCCACUCCUCCUUAUUUGCGCACGCACUCGCCCCCGCAUCCUCACUAUCACUACCCACCCGACCACCUUGUUUACACUAAUAUCGGUCAAGCCAUGAGCGGUGCAGGUAUAGGCGCCGGUGCAGGUGGUGCAUCAGAUCUCAGUAGCUCUUCGUCUCCCGCGGCGGCAGGUUACCCUGACUUUCCCCCGUCGCCUGACUCCUGGCUGGGCGAGCAUUACUCCCCCCGGGGUUUUCCCUAGCGGCGGCCGCCGCCGGCGCAUGCGCAGCCCGCGCCCCCGCCGCUCUCCGCUCCCUACCCCCAAGCCCUGGCACCGCAACCACUUGAGCUCGUAGUUAAACGGGAGCUGUGAUCGAUGAUAUUACACUAAGUAACUAAUAUACAGAAACAAAAACCACCGUGACAAUCUCUUAUUAUCGUAAGCAUAAUAUUUUAAGGUAUGUCUAAUAGCGAUCGUCCACGAGGGCC